AGGAGGAGGAGGAGGAGGUGGCCGCGGCUCGACUUGGGUGCUACCACGGGGGCCCGAGACGGACACAGGGUUGUCUAAGGGGUCCGAGCGGGCCUCGAGGGGUGCGAAGCACGUUGGUUACUGCCCGCAGACCUCAGAUCCCUGCUCCGGGGGGGUUCAGGGGGGUGUGGAUCCGAAGGAAGGUCAGGCCGGCCGCCCCACCUCGUGGGACUUCCAUGGCGGCCCUGCCGAUCGUCGGGGAGAAGAUAAGCAUCCAGGCAGGAGAGACAUCCGCGGCCCCACUGGGCCAGGACUGUGCCGAAGCGGACAGCGCUGCCCCGCGCUCCUGGAGGCACAAGUGCGCGUCCUACGUGCUGGCCCUGAGGCCCUGGAGUUUCAGCGCCUCGCUCACCCCGGUGGCCCUGGGCAGUGCCCUGGCUUACCGCUCGCAAGGCUCCCUGGACCCCAGGCUCCUGGUGGGCUGUGCGGUGGCCGUCCUAGCCGUGCACGGGGCCGGCAACUUGGUGAACACCUACUAUGACUUCUCCAAGGGCAUCGAUCACAAGAAGAGCGAUGACAGGACCCUGGUGGACCGCAUCUUGGAGCCCCAGGACGUGGUCCGCUUCGGCGUCUGCCUCUACACGCUGGGCUGCGUCUGUGCCGCUGGCCUCUACUGCCUGUCCCCCCUGAGGCUGGAGCACCUGGCUCUCAUCUACUUUGGAGGCCUGUCGGGCUCCUUUCUCUACACGGGAGGAAUUGGAUUCAAGUACGUGGCUCUGGGAGACCUCGUCAUCCUCAUCACCUUUGGCCCGCUGGCCGUGGUGUUCGCCUACGCUGUCCAGGUGGGGUCCUUGGCCAUCUUCCCGCUGGUCUAUGCCAUCCCCUUGGCCCUCAGCACCGAGGCCAUCCUCCAUUCCAACAACACCAGGGACAUGGAGUCCGACCGGGCUGCCGGCAUCGUCACGCUGGCCAUCCUCAUCGGCCCCACCCUCUCCUACGUGCUCUACACGGCGCUGCUCUUCCUGCCUUACCUGGUCUUCAGCCUGCUGGCCACGCGCUACAGCAUCAGCCUGGCGCUGCCCCUGCUCACCAUUCCGCUGGCCUUUUCCCUCGAGAGGCAGUUCCGCAGCCAGGCCUUCAACAAGUUGCCCCAGCGGACAGCCAAGCUCAACCUCCUGCUGGGGCUCUUCUAUGUCUUUGGGAUCAUCCUGGCACCAGCGGGCAGUCUGCCCAAGCUCUGAAGGGACCAGCAGCUCCCCCCGCCACGACGCAUUCACCUUCCUUAAUACUGAAGUCCAGUAAUCACAAGAGGAGUGUGAUUUGGCAGUGAGAACGUUUUUAAACUGUUAUUAUGUUGUUAAACAUAAUGCGCUGGGCUUUGGUCUGCUUUUGUGUUUCCAUUUUUUUAGGCAGUCUUGAA